UCAUUGCUCAAAUUUCACAACAUCCUGGCACCACCUAGUUGUUGGUACCAAGGAUUUAAAUUUAUCGAAACCUAAGGAAGAAUUCCUAACAUAUUCAUAUAAAGAAAUAUUUGGAGAGAAAAUAAAGCAAAAAAGUGUUAGAAAAAUGUGCUCAAUAACAAAAUAUCUCAAUAAAUCACCGCCAAGGGCCCCCAAAGCCCUAUGGAUGUUGCUCAGCCAUAUCCUUAUGGUGGUGCUCAUGCAAUUUGUGGAUUAUGCCCAUUCUGAUUAUGAGAAUACCUGGAAUUUGUAUUAUGAACAGCCAUGCUGCAUGGGUUCCCAAGGCGGACAUCAUCCAAGGCAUCACAAAGAUCAUGUUAAGGAUUUUAGCUGUGGGCCUUUAUUCUACAAGACAUUUUAUUUUGACGAAAGGCAUAAUGCCUUAUACGUUGGAGCAAUGGAUCGUAUAUUUCGCUUAAAUUUACAUAACAUAAGCCAAUCGAUAUGUGAGCGUGAUGUUCUUAUAUUGGAGCCAUCAGGUUCUGAUAUUCUUAGUUGUGUAUCCAAGGGCAAACAGGAGAAGGUGGAAUGCCGUAAUCACAUACGUGUUAUACAGCCCAUGGACUCGGGGACACGUCUAUAUGUUUGUGGUACAAACGCCCACAAUCCCAAGGACUACGUGAUAAAUGCAAACUUAACACAUUUACCGAGAUCCGAAUACGUGCCCGGCAUUGGUUUAGGCAUUGGCAAAUGCCCUUACGAUCCUGCCGAUAAUUCAACGGCUGUUUUUGUGGAGAAGGGUAAUCCAUUCGGUUUACCAGCAUUGUAUUCUGGUACCAAUGCAGAAUUCACUAAAGCCGAUUCUGUAAUUUUUCGUUCGGACCUAUACAAUAUGACCUCUGGACGAAAGGAGCAUAAUUUCAAAAGAACUGUUAAAUAUGAUUCCAAAUGGCUGGACAAACCCAAUUUCGUAGGCUCUUUCGACAUUGGCGAGUAUGUGUAUUUCUUUUUCCGUGAACACGCUGUCGAAUACAUCAAUUGUGGCAAAGCGAUUUAUUCACGUAUUGCCCGCGUUUGUAAGAAUGAUCGUGGCGGUAAAUAUAUGACCGGACAGAAUUGGGCCACAUACCUGAAGGCUCGCAUCAAUUGCAGUAUAUCAAGCGAGUUCCCAUUCUAUUUCAAUGAAAUACAAUCGGUCUACAAAAUGCCACAUGAUGAUACGAAAUUUUAUGCAACAUUUACGACCAACACCCAUGGCAUAGUGGGUUCAGCGGUGUGCAGUUACGAUAUACGCGACAUAAAUGCCGCAUUUGAUGGUAAAUUCAAGGAACAAGCCACCUCCAAUUCAGCAUGGCUGCCAGUGCUUAACUCCAAAGUACCUGAGCCACGUCCCGGUACAUGUGUAGAGGACACCACUGCUCUGCCCGAUUUAGUGCUCAAUUUCAUACGCAAACAUCCCUUAAUGGACAAAGCCAUCGAUCAUGAAUUUGGCAAUCCAGUGUUUUAUAAACGUGAUAUUAUCUUGACCAAAUUGGUUGUGGACAAAAUUCGCAUUGAUAAACUAAAUCAAGAAUAUUUGGUUUAUUUCAUUGGCACCGCCACUGGCAGUAUCUAUAAAAUUGUGCAAUUUAUACGCUAUGGCCAUCGGCAUUCGAAUCUAUUGGACAUCUUUGAGGUGGCCCACAAUGAGCCAAUACGUGAAAUGGGUAUUAGCCAGAAGACCGGAUCGCUGUAUUUGUCCACUGAUUAUGCGGUAAAACAAAUUGAUUUGGCAAUGUGUGCCCGACGUUAUGACUCCUGUUUCCGUUGUGUCUCCGAUCCCUAUUGUGGCUGGGACAAGGAAGCUGGCACAUGUAAGCCCUACCAGCUGGGAUUACUGCAGGAUGUUGCCAACGAAACUUCCGGCAUUUGUGAUACAAGUGUUUUAAAGAAACGUAUCACCGCCUCGUAUGGCCAAACGCUGCAUCUCUCAUGUUUUGUUAAAGUCCCUGAAGUUCUAAAACAAAAGACCGUUCGAUGGUAUCAUCAUUCAACGGAAAAAGGACGUUAUGAAAUUGCCUUUACUCCCUCCAAGUACAUUGAAACAUCGGAGGGUGGUCUGGUGAUUAUAUCAAUUAACGAAGGAGAUGGUGGACGCUAUGACAGUUAUUUAGGCGGUACACUGCUGUGCAGUUACAGCGUCAACGUUGAUGCCCACAGAUGUACACCGCCAUCGAAGAAAAACGAUUAUCAGAAAAUUUACUCACAUUGGUGUAAUGAAUUUGAAAAAUAUAAAUCAGCCAUGAAGCAAUGGCAAGCCAAGCAAGAGCAAUGCAAUAUGAAGGAUAAGUCAUCCGGAAAGCAUAUAAAUGAAGUCUAUAGUAAUGAUAAUGUAGUCUGACCUAAUGAUCAUCAAACUACAUACUAAAGACUGACAUUUUUAAGCUUUUAAAAGACAAUAUUUCCAAACAACAUAUUAUUUUCCUUUUCGUUUUCUUUUAAUUACUAUUGAAAAACAAAAAAAAAACCGAAAAAAAUCAUUAUGUUUUGCAUCUUUAAAUCACAAAAUGUUACACACUUAACAUAGUUCGGAUAAAGCGCGUAAAAUGAACGCCCUCAGAAAUCGAAGAAAAACCAGAGAAAAAAGGCGAUUUAUUUUAAAUCUCUCUCUCUCUCAAAAAAAAAAAAAAAAGAAGAAAAACAAAGACACACAAUAUCUGAAAAUACAGGAUAUAAAUUUAAGUUGGCUUUAUUUGAAAAUGGAAACGGAAACAACACUUACAUGAAAAACACACUGCCGCAGAAAAAAGAAGGAAACACCCACACACAUACACACACAGCAAAUAGCUACGACCACAUGGAGAACAAAAACAUAAAGUUACUAUAGAAUGACAAAAAUCCUGCCACAAAUACAUGGGAAACAAACACUUCCCAUAAAGACAAUGACAAAAGCUCAUAUUGAAUGUGGGUUUGCAUACAGCAAAUAUACACUCUCUCUCACAUACUCACACACACACCCACACAUAUGAAAUAUGAAAUAUUGAAAUGGAUUUUAAAAUAGUUUUUAAAUAUGAAAACAUUGCAAACAGCAAACAGACAAAGAGAACAACUACAACAGCAGCAAACAAGAACAAAUGAAAACAAUAACGAAAAGCAACGGUUUUAAAUGGAAAAAAACAAAGGUAAACUCAAAUACAUUGAAGGGCAACAACAGUAACAAAACAAAACAAACAAAAAAAAAUAAUAAAACGAAACAAAAACAAAAACUUAACCAUAAAACAGAACAAAAGUUGUACAAUUUUACAUUCUCUAGAAGCAGUUGAAAACAAAAAGCAAAAGAAAAAA